AUGGCGUCAAAAAGCUACGAAGAUCUGAUCUCAUCACCCCCUGGAUUGACAGAUAUCGACUUCACUAUCGAUGAUGCAGAGAGAGACAUCCCUAAGAUCGCGGCUGGUCUUCGUCGGACCGGAGGAGAGCAGUUCACGCACAUCACGAUUACAGCACCGUCAUCACUCCCAUCAGAGAAAAGGAGUGUAUCAAGAGAGACGAUGAGAGGACUGGGUCUACUGAUCAGAGAACAAACCAAGAACCUUCAGUGGCUUUGUCUGUCCAGAGUGAAGUGCACAGACGAGGAAGACUUGGUUGAAUUCGUCGAGACUUGCAGACAUGUGGAGACGAUGAAUCAUCUAAUGCUUCUUGAAUGUGGAACAAACGCAAACGGUAGACUAGGACUGAACAUCACAUGUAGUGUUAAGCCACUCAGGGUGAUUCCUUUGCAUGAUGAUGGUAAACUCUCUGUAGAGAAAUGCCACUUAUCUUCCGAAAUGACUGAGAGAAUGUGGUCCUGUCUCAGAUCCUUCAACUCACUGAACCAUCUCACCAUCUCAGACUCCUCUCUCAGUUUCCCUUCAUCUCCUCUUGAGCUUCCAUUCGUCAAAAAGCUAUCAGCUGAGAGAGUGACGUCACAAAGCUAUGAAAGUCUGCUCUCGUCGCUCCCUGGCUUGAGACAUAUCGAUAUCACUAUCGAUGAUGCAGAGAGAGACAUACCUCAGAUCACGGCUGGUCUUCGUCGGACCGGAGGAGAGCAGUUCACGCACAUCACGAUUACAGCACCGUCAUCACUCCCAUCAGAGAAAAGGAGUGUAUCAAGAGAGACGAUGAGAGGACUGGGUCUACUGAUCAGAGAACAAACCAAGAACCUUCAGUGGCUUUGUCUGUCCAGAGUGAAAUGCACAGACGAGGAAGACUUGGUUGAAUUCGUCGAGACUUGCAGACAUGUGGAGACGAUGCAUCAUAUAACGUGA